AGACAGGUUCAUCACAAAGACUCAGAUCUACAUUAAGGAUGCCUGGGCAAGGAAGGCGAUUUCUCUCUAUGGCCAUCAUAGAUGUCUGGAUUUUGGUUUUGUCUGUCAUAUCCACCGUGGCUGAUGUUGGUGAUCCAGAAAUGUCAAAACCCUGUGAUGCUCCCAUUGAACCAAGAGGAGGACCAAUCAUACGAGGACCACCAGGACCACCCGGACCACCAGGCCGACCAGGCCUACCAGGCCUACCAGGACUCCGAGGCUUUCCAGGACCACCCGGACUACCAGGCCUACAUGGAGUUCCAGGGGACAUUGAGAAAUGUUCCUCACCCAAUCCUGCCUUUACAGUGAAGCAGAGGGGUCUCUUCCCUGCCCCCUCCCAGCCCAUCAUCUUCACGGAAGUGCUACAUAACCAAGAGGACCACUUCAACAUCACCACAGGAGUAUUCACCUGCAUCCACCCUGGCGUGUACCACUUUGGCUUUGAUAUUGACUUGGACCAGCAGGCUGUCAAGUUAGCGCUGGUGAAAAAUGGUGUUGAUAUCCUUGAGAAGGAAGCCAGGGCUGAGGACAACAGCCAGCAUGUGUCUGGAACUGCCAUCAUAAAGCUGGUCACGGGAGAUAGGGUCUGGCUGGAAUCCAAGCUAGAUGCUACAGAGACUGAGAAAGGAUUGAUUCAAAGUGUGUUCUUUGGGUAUUUGCUCUAUGAAAAUCAUUCUGGCUAAGGUGUAACAGCACAGUUAAAUUCCUCCAGUAGACAGAACUGUCAGAACAACCCCCAACCUCAUCUUUUCCCAUGUCCAUUGAGGGAAAACCAUUUGGAACAGCCUCUCUUAGCAAUGUCAAUGUAAUCCUAAAAGCAAUAAAAAUGUAU